ACGUACACGUGUAUUUCAACUGCAGUUGGACGAAAACCUGUUCUUCUAGAGAGACACGGAGAGCCGAUCUCUGAUUCUCUGACUCGUCUCGGGGAAUCGCCGUUUCCGUUAUCUGACGUUCUUCGCUUUCGAUCAAUCGGACGAUCGGCGGUCUCUCUUUCCCAAGUCAUGUUCAAGUCCUUCUGGGGUUCACCAGAGCAGCAAGCUCAGCCACGUCCACAAGAGAUUUCAAAUUCAUGGUAUCCUCCAUCUGUAAUUAGCUCUCCAAGUUCUUCCCGUCCUGGAACACCUAGUAGCAACACUUCUGGUAGCUUCAAUCUACAAAGGCCUUCAGAUCGGCCACAUUCACCAUCACAUGUUUCCCCUGCUGAGGCUGCAGGAAUUAUUGCUGUUCUAAGGGAUAAGAGUGUUGAUGAAUUACGGAAGCUUUUGACUGACAAAGAUGCAUACCAGCAGUUCUUACUUUCACUUGAUCAGGUUAAAACCCAGUACAAUUUAAGAGAUGAACUUCGAAAGGAGACCUUGCAGCUCGCCAGGGAAAAUUUGGAGAAAGAACCUCGCAUAAUGGAACUGCGGAAUCAGUGCAGAAUCAUUCGCACAACUGAACUGGCUGCUGCUCAAGAGAAGCUAAAUGAGCUAGAGAGGCAAAAAGAAGAGACCCUGAAGUUUUACUCGCCAACAUCCCUGCUCCACAGGCUUCAAGAGGCAAUGAAUAAAAUAGAAGAAGAAUCUGAGACACUGCAUAGGCAACUUAUCGACAGGGAGAUCGAGGUUGGAGUGUUCGUGCAGAAAUACAAGAAGCUCCGCUACACUUACCACCGGCGCGCUCUCACACAUCUGGCAGCCAAGACUUCACUGGUUGGAUGAUCUACAUUACCAUUACAAAACCUGUGUGUAUAGUUGGAGGGCUGAGUCUGUUGUGGUUUUCAAACCCUCCUAAUUUGUCUAGCUGUUAAUCUGGAAAUUCUUCUUGUUUUUUAACUGAAGAAGCUUCUGGAAGAAUUUGAACCUUCUAAUUGCAUUUUGGUGCUUUCUAAGCUCCUCUUUACUUGCUCUGUUUUGUAUCAAAUUCACCAAUAGAUUCUGCAGUAUAAUGCAAUUCGGUUAUGUGUUUGUGUAGAAUCAGAUGUUAUCCAAACACAAAUAUGGCCCUUUUAUUUCAGAUUGUGUUAUUUUA